GUAGAAAUAUCAUAUCAGUCGUUCUCACUGCAUUGCACUCUUAACACCUACACCUCAACGGCAACAGAACAACACACGGGCAAAACAAUGAUUCGUCAAGGUGCGCAGCUGGCACUUUUAACAGUCGUGGUCACAAUUCUCGUUAUUCUACAAUUGGUCUCUGCUGGUGUGCCACUGAAGAGAUUCGAGGCGGUGGUAAAUCAAAUGUCCGAGCCAGUGGACGAGAGCCUCGGACUCUACGACGACAAAGAUAAAGUGUUUAGGUUGACAGUGGGCAAUUUCAAUGAUACUGUGCUGGAACAAAAUCGCGCUGUGCUCGUCGAAUUCUAUAAUACAUAUUGUGGACAUUGCAGACGCUUUGCACCCACCUAUAAGGAGUUGGCACAACAGCUGCAUCCUUGGCGGGAUGUGGUGAUUGUGAGUGCCAUCGAUUGUGCCGCCGAGGAGAACAAUGGCAUCUGUCGCAGCUACGAGGUGAUGGGCUAUCCAACACUGCGCUACAUGAGUCCCGGAUUUCAGCCAGGCGACAAGCAGUAUGGCCAAAAAGUGGAUUCCCAGAAACCCGAAGAGAUACGCAAUCUGUUGGCGGGUUUAAUUGCUGCUGAGAAUCAGACGGUGAACAACACCUUGUGGCCAAAUUUGUCACCAGUCACAGAAAUGGAAUUCCUCUUUGAGGGCCUGAACAGUCAGCGGGAGUAUAUAGCAUUGAUCCAUGAGCCGGAGAACUCCACGCUGGGCAUUCAAACGGCGCUGUUCCUGCUGCAGUGGCCCACAGUGCAGGUGCGUCGUUUCAGCGAUGCCGCCGUUGCAGCCAAAUACAAGAUCGAUACCUCAAAGCAUCAGCUGGCACUCGUGGAUAGAAAGGGCAAUGUGAAGCUACACACGCCCAAAGAACAGACCAGCGAGACUUGGGCCAAGACCAUUGAGGCUGCUCUGAGUGCACUGAACUUUACCCCUCGACCUGAACAUCAUCCAGAUCAGCUGCAGCACGAGAGCAGCACGGACAGAAGUGGAGCACUCAAUGAAGUCAUUAAGGAAGUGCGUCGGAAUAAGCACUUCAUUUAUCAGGCGGAUUUGGAGAUGGCCAUACGCACUAUAUUACACAACGAGGUGCCCAAGGUGAAUGAGAUUAGUGGAGAGCGUCUGCUGGCAUUGCAACGCUUCCUCGCCGUCCUGCAGCGUUAUAAUCCACUGGGCACUAAUGGACGACAGCUGGUCUCCAAGCUAAAGGAUUAUGUGGUGCAGUUCAAUCAACAGCUGGCGGGCAAAGAAUUCGAACAGGAGCUGCAGCGUUUGGAGACACAAUUGGGUGGCAUCUACUCGGCCAAUCACUUUGUGGGCUGCACUGGCUCCAGUCCGCAUCUGCGCGGAUUCAGCUGCUCGCUGUGGACGCUCUUCCACUUCAUGAGCGUACAGGCAGCGGGCAGCGAGGAUGCACGGGAUCCACUGGAGGUCCUGCAGGCGAUGCAUGGUUAUAUCAAACAUUUCUUUGGCUGUACCGAUUGCAGUGAACACUUUCAGGCAAUGGCGUCACGCCGUAAAAUCUGGAACGUGCCGUCAAAGGACGAAGCCGUACUGUGGCUCUGGGCAGCACAUAAUGAGGUUAAUCAGCGCCUGGCCGGUGAUUCAACCGAGGAUCCGCAAUUCCCCAAAGUACAAUUCCCCAGUGCAAGCAGCUGUGCUCAGUGUCGUAAGCCGACUGCAUCUGCAUCGAAGGAUAAUGCGGAUAUCAACUGGAACAAGGAUGCCGUACUGAGCUUCCUCAAGAACAUACACAACCCGGAGUUUGUCAAUCGCUAUGGUGUGCAGCGGGAGGAGCUGCUGCACGAAACGUUGAAUACGAUGAGACAGAAGCGUCAGAUCUCCAAUGUCUUCUCCGACAUGGACAUGCGAAUGGGCAUGUUCCUGUAUGCCUUCUGCAUUGUCAUGAUGGUGGUGGCAUUUAAGCUGUUCGCCUUCAAAGGUGGCUAUCGCAAAAAACCCUAUGGACACGAUAUACUUGGCAAGGUGUAAUUCUAAGUUUCAACUCACUCCUAAAAAGACGCGAACACCAAAAGUGAUCGGGAAAUCUUAAUAUUUAUAUAUCGACAACAUCUAAAUGUCUUGUAUGUAGCUCACAAUUAUAUUUAAGUUCAAAGUGUAUAUAUCAAUAAUCUUCCAGUUUGUAAUCUAUUAUCAUAAUUAUCGUAUUCGCUUUUAUAAAAUUACGUAUUGACAUGUACCUUCGUUUUCGAUAAA